AUGUGGAGCGCUUUCGAUACCGGAGCAGGUAAAACUAUAAUUAUGGUUUUAGUUAUGUCGAUGGCAAGGGUGAGCGGCAUUUGCUUGCCCCCACAUCACUGCAUAGAGGACAUGGAUGAGAGCGAUGUAAAGGAGCGGUACGACUAUGUUUUGAGCAAAUAUGAGGAGGUGCAAAUGAAAAUUGCAGGCCAGCCCAUCGGGUUGCACGGUAAGGUGGUAAGUCGAGGCAACGUCGAGGAGCAACACAUUGUGUUUCAAUACCAGGACAAUCAACCGCACGACGUCAUCCAGAGCUGUGCAUUCGUGAUCACCAAUGCGCCCGACACCUGCGAGUCUAUUUUGACAAUCUGCAACACAUUUCUGCCGCGAACACCUCGUCCGCUGCUGAUGCGGAAGCCUUUGACUGUGUGUGAGGAUGGGGUGCGCGAAACGGAAGCUCAGUCGGAGGAUACAACCGAGGGAAGUUCCUCAUCCCAACAGCCCGAUGCUGAGCUGGCCAAUGAUUCGGAGUUUAUUUGA